GGAGGAAAGUGUGCAGGCUCGAGCAUAGAAGAAGUUUUUUUUUUUUUGCGCGCGACUGACUGCGGGGGCGUGCGAAGACGUUACUUUUUUUCACAGAAGGUAGCAGCGGGUGGCGAGCUUUUCAGCUGUAGUGAGGGACUGUAGCUAUGGCGGAACGACAGCCCAGCAACUCAGCGGCGCGGCGAUAUAGGAGGAGUACCAGUACAGGUUCACAGACUGGAUCAAACUCGGCUGUAGGGAAAGCCUCUGACAGUACUGAUAAAGUUGCAGAGAAAGCUCAGAAAGUCGCUAAUGUACAUUCAACCAAGGGAAAUGAAGGCGCUGAUGAGGGAGAGUUUCCUUUCAAUGCAUUAAGAUGUCAUAAACUGCAGGAAAGUUUGCUAAGUUCAGCCAGUGGGUACAGUAACUAUCGAGGAGUCUUGAACUGGUGUGUUGUUAUGUUGGGACUCAGCAAUGCCAGACUUUUUCUGGAAAAUCUAAUCAAAUAUGGAAUUUUGGUCGAUCCUAUACAAGUAGUUUCACUUUUUCUGAAGGAUCCUUAUAGCUGGCCAUCUUUGUGCCUUGUAAUUGCAUCAAAUGUAUUUAUUGUGACAUCUCUCCAUAUAGAAAGAAGACUGGCAGUGGGCAAGCUCUCUGACAGAGCCGGGAUGUUUCUGUACACCGCCAUGCUCACAGUUAUCCUCUGUCUUCCAGUCGCAGUUGUCUUUAUGGUCCGAUCCAUGACACCAGUUGGUGCAGUGUGGGCUCUUUCAGUGUACACUGUCCUGUUCCUCAAACUCUACUCAUACCAGGAUGUAAAUAGAUGGUGCAGGGAAAAGAGACUUGCCAAGGCAAAGAUGCUCAGUCGCUCUCAAUCACUCUUCUUUAUGCAGCUGCUCGUUGGAUUAAUACAGCAGUGGGUUGUUCCAACGAUCCAGAACUCUAUGAAGCCCUUCAAGGAUAUGGACUAUUCUCGUAUGAUAGAACGUCUGUUGAAGCUUGCAGUUCCAAAUCAUCUCAUAUGGCUGAUCUUUUUCUACUGGUACUUCCACUCCUGUAUGAACUUCGUUGCUGAGCUCAUGCGCUUUGGUGACCGAGAAUUCUACAGGGAUUGGUGGAACUCUGAAUCCGUGACAUAUUUUUGGCAGAACUGGAAUAUUCCUGUACACAAGUGGUGCCUCAGGCACUUCUACAAGCCAAUGUUGAAAAGAGGUGUGAAAAGAUGGGUGGCCCAAGCAGGAGUGUUCUUUGCUUCAGCUUUCUUCCAUGAGUACCUGGUUAGUGUUCCACUGAAAAUGUUCCGUCUGUGGGCAUUUAUGGGAAUGAUGGCACAGCUACCUUUUGCCUGGUUUGUGGGAAGAUUUCUACGUGGUAAUUAUGGAAAUGCUGCUGUAUGGAUGUCCCUCAUCAUUGGGCAGCCAGUUGCAAUCUUUAUGUAUGUGCAUGACUACUAUGUCCUACACUACGAGGAAAACCAGUGAUGGCAUGAACUUCAGAACUGGCUGGGAUGCCAAUUUUUCUGGUUCCCAAAGAACUCCAUUCUUUACCAUUGUGGAAGGAAUGUUGCUGUCUGCAGGACUUCCUGAAUUGUAUUUUUUUAUUGAAAUCAAGAGUGACUAUUUUUGGAAGAAAUUACUGUUGGAUCAAUGCAAUAACUUUUAGAGAGAAGCUCAAAGUGGAACACAAGUUGUAAUAUUUGUAGUGUACAUUUAAAAGUGUUGUCUUCCCUCAGUGUGAAAGGAAUCCAAGAAAUAUGUUCUAGAAAGAACACUUUUCAUUUGAACUGUAGAAGCACCCUGUUCAGCACCGUCCACAGAGUUAGUUGAUAAGUCGAGGCAUUGCUCGUGUGCAUCCGUCCAUAACUCGUACGAAAACACUGUACCAGUCUUUAAAUGCUGCCAAACUGUAAAUAUUUGUCUUGCAUUUCAGGCUCUGUAAUAGCUGAUCUCUGUCCAUUGUGUAGCCUAAAUACAGGGGAGUAGCACCUUAUGUGAGAGUCCAGACUACAGUGCAUGUUAUAGACUACUUUAUAGGUGUUUGUUCAUGGCAGCAAGAACCUAUGAUGUACCAUUGUUGAUGCUUCUGGAAUGGAUAAUUUGUAGCUGUUGAUUUCCUUUACCUUCCGUCCCCAGUCAUGGAAGAGCUUUGCAAAGUGUUCCAAGGGUUCUUCUCCCUAAAAGACUGGAAUAAUAACUUUAAGCACCUUAAGUGCUGAUUUUUAAAUGUGUUUUCUAGGAACCAUUUUAAAGGUGAACUGUUGUAGAAAAGAUGUUUUCUUUAAUGAUUGAUGUGUGUGUGUGCACGUUUUCCAACAUCAGCAGCAGCUUGAGAGCUUCCAGUCCCACUUCCCUUCUGCUCCUACUCCAGGGUUUAUAAAUCCCACACUUGCUACUUGUAUGACAUGUUUACACUGCAGUCACUGCCAGGUAUUUUCAAUCUGUUUUUCUUCAUACACCUAGAAAAUUAAAAAAAAAUUCUGUGUUACACUACUCAGCAGUCUGUGGGGAAAAGUUAGUCUUUGCAUUAUUUGGAGAGAUGAGUCUCACAUUACAGAAAACAUUACUAAACAGAAGUUGAUUCAUCAUUAAUAAAAUCCAAGAUGAAGCAGCUGUUGGGAGGGAAGCUGCAAACAGUGUAGGUGUGUGUAUGUUUGUGUGUGUAAAUUGUGUUGUGCACAUCUUAUUUUAAAAGGCUGCUUUUACUGGCUGCAACACUUAUUUUAUAUGGUUGUGCUACAAACAUCAAGGCAUUCAUAAGAAUGCAUGACCUGGACCCAUGAAAAGCAUCCCUUCAUCUGGGUCUGAUUGGGUCUGUCCUGUUUCUCUUUUCCCACUCAUGUAUUUCUGAUUUCGUACGGGUUGCUUGGAAAGUUUCCACUUUCAUUCCUUAAGCAGAAGAGGCCCUUAAAAUGUGACUUAGGUGCCAGGUCAUAGCCAAGAAUCACCAAAAUGUGUUGCUGGGGAUUAGAAAUGCAUAUUCUCACCAGUACCUUAGCCCAUUGACCCUUGUUAUUACAGAAGCAAGUAAAAAAACUCAUUACCUAGUGUUUGAUCCAAGUAGAAGCCUCCAUUGUAAGGGUCAAUUAGUGACUUGUCUAGAAGUCUCAGGAAGAAGCACAGAAACAUGGGGCAAGGAAUUCCAGGCUGAAGGUUCUUAAGCCUGACCCCUGUUUCUGUUCUCAUUGUGGCAUUCACUGCGCUUCCAGCUGCGUCAUUACCCUCUAAUGAGUUAUCUUCUCUGUCUUCAUGUUUGUAAUUUGUAUGAGGAGAUGCUUUCUCUUGGAAACUAGCCCCAGGGUUCAGUCUCUGCUGCCCCUUUUUAAUGAUGGCUGAUGGAUGCUUUCCUGGCUUGUAAAGAUUAGGCUGUUGAAUUCUCUGGGUCUUGUUUUAGUAUGUGAACUCUGCACCAGAAGAGAGAGUAGCUGUUUACCCACGAAAGUAAUGUAUUCCCUCUAUCUCUGUUGUUCUUUUGUUUAGUCUUUUGAUCUUCCUUACCCUGCUGGUGAAGUUUGAGGUGUUCACUGUGCAGAUGAAGCUGGGUGAGAGAAUGCCCAGCUGUUAUAAAAAGAAAUAAAUACCUCACUUUCUCUGCAUUGGUAACAUAUUCUGUUUCAUCAUCUUUGGCAUGUGCUUGCUUGCUUGUGUAGCAGCCUACCCACCACCAGAGACGCUUACUGUUAUUUUCCCCAGAAAAAAUUGAAAAUAAAUCCCAUAUUUUUGCUGCCCAGGCAUUUACUGAACUUAGCAUUUUAAACCAUACCUUUCAGAACUUCAUUGUAAUACAGACAGCUUGCUUUAUUGACUGUUACGUAUCUGGGAUCUGUUAAUUUUGCAUGAAUAUUGAUGCACUAGAAAAGCAUUAUGAAAUCACUGUAAUAACCAGAAAUUCAAUUUCAAAAUCAUGGGCAUAACUCCCAGAUUUCAUGUCAUGAAAAAGGAGUUUCAUUUCUUUUUGAGAUGCAUAAAUCAGUGUCCCUGCCACCACAUCUUAUGAUGGCAGAGUCCCUUGCAUGGGAGUGAGUCUAAAGUUUAUGGUAGGAUGGAGAUGCACUCCUUUAUUCUGAGUCCUCAUUCAUUGCCAAAUUAGAGUAAGUAGAUAUCUGUGCUUCAAAACUGAGACAGUAGGUCUUGCUAGCUUCUCAUGAUGUCCAACCUAAAAUGGCUGACUUGUGCUCCCCUUGUAAUUUACCCAAAAUGCAUUUGGCAGAAAAGUCCAGAACCCUGUGUUAUUACCCUGGAUCCAUGGAACGUGUGACUAAGGGUUACUUUUCUGUACUGUGGACCUACCCAAUCUCUGGGCCUUUCUCUUUUUAGAAGGCUGAUUACUUGUGCCAGCCUUGCCCACACACCCACACCCAAUUGGUUUUGUUUUUGACCUACCAUCUGCAAACAGACAUUGCUGUUCUCAUCCACUCAGUCUCUAGGCUAUCCAAAAUUGUGAAUGGAUUUGCCAAGAGUAUUUAACUCUACCACACUGGGCCUUUACAUUGCUGACUAUCUGGCUCAUCUCCCACUUCUAGUCUUCUUUAAAGUAGUUUUUUGAGAAAAUUUCUGAAAUUAUAGGGUGGCUUUUCAAAGUGUACAUAAUUCAGGGUCCAAAAUAAGGUUCCUUUUUAUCACAUUUUAUCUUUGAUGAGAAAGAUGUGGCAACUAGUACAUUGGUUGCCUAUUUUGUUAGUAGCUUUGCUGUGCUAUUUUGGAUAAAACUUUGGAUGGUAAAUUUGUUAGAUUAUGAUAGACUGUCUCCAGAAAAAAGGCUUGUUCUUCCUACUGUGUGCACCUUGUCUUUAGUCUUACAAAGUUUCAAGAAAGAUAAGAUAUUUCAGGCAUCAAUCAUGUCCUGCCAGGCUGCAAGUCAUCCAACCCAGCCUAAGUAAGGUGCUGAAGUCCUUUAAGGUAAUUUUCUCCUAAGUGAUCCAGCAUCACUUCGGCCUACCCAACAAAGGUCAUCCAAGUGGAAGGAAUCCUAUCAAAGUUUGAAGAAGCCUGCACUGCUGAGCCCUGGGCAUCAUAAACACAACCUACAAUUGCUUUGUUCCCACAUCUUGUCUUCCUAUUGUAGAAUAAAAGUUGGAAGAGUUGGUGGAACAGUCUCAGUCUUCCUUGGCAAAGGAGUUUUGGAGAUGGCUCUUUCUGCCUAGGGUACAGAUCUUUUGUCUCUCCAAGCUGCCUUUGGGAGUAUCCACCAAAAAAAAGGAUGUUGUGGAGAUGGUUCAGAUUUUGGUUGGGGGAGGGUGGGGCUCUGGUUGGAAAAGGAUAUUGUAAAGAAGGUUCAUUCUGUUCAGGGAUCUGGUAAAGGACUUUUUCCGUGUUCCAUCAAAAUGUUUGUGAGUAGGGUUUGGCCUGUCCUGGAUUUGAACAACUUCAGUCCCUACAUUAACUUUGUAAAGGUUUGUAAGGUCAGAGGGCAGACACUGAUACAGUGACUUCUAGACAGAUUCUAGAUAUGGUGGAUGACUGUUGUAACACUAGAUGUUUGCAACUUCACUGAUUUCUGCAUUCUGCUUUGGAUGAAAUUGCAGUACUUUUGGUACCAAGUGAUUUUUUCUGGCCCUUAAGACACUGGCAGGAUCUUCAACAAGAUAUAUAACCAUGGUAUUGGAAGCUCUACAGCAGUCAGUUAUCAAAGUAUUUUCCUGCCCAAGUGAUUUUUCUGGUAUCUCCUUUCCAGUAGUGUGUGGGGUUGGAUCUGCCCAGUGAUGUCGCUUGACUAUACUUCCUAGUGGUCACUGUCAGCUGUGAGUUCAUGGGGUUAGCACACUGGGGUGUGUCCCCCAAGGAGGGUGCAUGCUCGUUUUGAUGCAUGGUAGCUCCUGGGUUUAGUGUGCCUUCAGGGCAUGUUUUUAGAUGCUCAUAAUGCAGAGGAUACAGAGUUGUCAUUCCUUGUCAGAUAUGCUGUUGGUAUCAAAUUUCCUGAUGCUAGUCAUUGUAGAGACUGUCCUCCUGUGUAUCCUUCCUUCACUGACACAGUCCUUAAUUAGGCAUGAAUUACUGGAGGUGGAUGGGAGAAAACCUAUAGUUUUACUUUAGGUCAAGGGCAGUAGAGACCUAUUGUGAGGAAUCUACAUUUUUAGAGCCGUUUCUAGCCCAGUUGACACUUCUGAAGCCUUAACCAGACUUCAUAAGAUCAAACUGACGCAGUAGUUUGGCACUUGAGCAAGUGAGAUAGGACUUGCUUCUCCUUCCUCUUUGGGAAGCAGUCUGGGUUGGAGAGUAGGGUGCCAGCUGUCCCAUUUUUAUGGAAGUGAUCCACAUCCCAUAGGAACUAAAUGGCUUGAUUGAGUCUAAAUUCCAGUUUGAUGACUAUCUUGGAACAUAGGCUGACUCUGGGAAAGUACACGGGUUAUCUCCCUGGAGUCAGGUCGUCUUUAACUGAACCUGUUUGCAGGCUAUAAAAAUUGCUGCAGUAACCUAGGUAUGAUGCUUCCAUUUAAGAAAAAAGUGGGAAGGUAGAGGCCUUCUCCAUAAGCUGGGAAAUAGUGUCUUUGCGUCAUUUGUAUGCUGCUGCAUUGAGUAGCAAAAACACCAGAUUUAAUUUAGGGGAAACGACUACAUAACACGUAGAAUCUUCACAGAUUAAGUGGAAUAAGUUUUCUGCAUUGUAUUAUGUUGGUAAAAACAUGAAAUUUAAUAAAAAAAAAACUGUGUAA